ACGUCGUCGUGGUCAUUGUUGUGAAACACCGCGUCGGAUCCCCCCCCCCCUCCCUUCGAUCGCCAUCAAUCAUAGCUCCGCAGGCAGGCCACUGUUAUUCCCCGCUCUCUUGUUGUUCGUCGCUGCUGUCCUUGGGAAGCCGGUUCUCUCACAUUUGAGGCCUGGUCAUUGAAUUUUAGGCUUCCUCACCAAUUUCGGGUUUGUGAUCUGGGGCUUGGACGAGGCUGAAGGGUUGAUUGUUUUUUAUUUUUAUUUUUUUCCUGAGAAGCUCAGGUUUGUCGGUGCCGGAAUAAGGAGGGAAGUGUUCUGAGGGAGGAUCAGGUUGGAUCUACCUCUACCGAGUGGUGAGCUGCUACUGGAGUCAUGGCCGCAGGUGGAUCAAGAGCCCGGGCCGAUUAUGAUUACCUCAUCAAGCUGCUUUUGAUUGGCGAUAGUGGGGUCGGGAAGUCUUGUCUUCUCCUCCGUUUCUCCGAUGAUUCUUUCACGACAAGCUUCAUCACCACUAUAGGGAUCGAUUUCAAGAUUCGUACCAUUGAGCUGGAUGGCAAGCGCAUCAAACUUCAGAUAUGGGAUACCGCUGGGCAAGAACGGUUCCGCACAAUCACAACAGCCUACUACAGAGGAGCAAUGGGGAUAUUGCUGGUUUACGAUGUGACCGACGAAUCAUCAUUCAAUAAUAUUCGAAACUGGAUCAGGAAUAUUGAGCAGCAUGCAUCUGACAACGUGAACAAGAUUUUGGUCGGAAACAAGGCUGACAUGGACGAGAGCAAAAGAGCCGUUCCCACUGCGAAGGGUCAAGCACUUGCAGAUGAGUUCGGCAUCAAGUUCUUCGAAACUAGUGCCAAAACAAACAUGAACGUGGAAGAUGUUUUUUUCACCAUUGCAAGGGAUAUCAAGCAACGGCUAGCUGAAACUGACUCCAAGCCAGAGCAACCUGCCAAGGCCGCCCCUGGUGUGAAGCUGUCUGCUGGAGGUGCUCAGCCAAAGGCCGCUGGUAGCUCCUGUUGCUCUUGAACACGUAAGAUUAGGUAUUCAUCAGUGAAGGAUUGUGUGUGAACUUGAAGCUGGGUGGCAGAAAGCACUGAGAUUUUGUUCUCAGCUCACUCCACUGUUCAAGCAAUGUUAUUGGGAACGAUCCGAAGGUCAAUGCGUGAAAAGUUUGGGCUUCGCACAACGAGUGGAGGUUGCGAUAGGACCGUUGGAGUGACACAUGGCUUACUCCUUUCAUUCAAUCGUUGUGCUUACUGCAUUUCCCUUCUUUUGUAGCCACAUUUUGCAAGGUUGUCACUUCAUCUAGUUGGAACAUGAGAUGCUGAAAACAUGAUAUGAUUAUGGCACUGCACGGUUGGAUGACUUGUGAACUUGAUUAUUAGGUGUAUCGUGCAAAGCCCAACCUACUAAGUUUAGCAGUGGGGCAAUAUCCUGACUCAAUGUCCUUGUGAAAUAUAUUGAUCGUUUAAUCUUUUUUGAUUUUUAA